AUGACUGAAGAUGGCAGUGAUGAGACUAUAUUUAUUUGGUGCGAGGACUGUGGGCAGUACCAUGAUUCAGAGUGUCCUGAACUGGGCCCAGUGGUGACAGUCAAAGACUCCUUUGUGUUGAGCAGGGCAAGAUCAUCUCUGCCUUCUAAUUUGGAGAUAAGACAAUUGGAAGAUGGGACUGAAGGAGUGUUUGCUCUGACUCAGCUAGUGAAACGUACCCAGUUUGGCCCAUUUGAAUCCAAGAGAGUUGCCAAGCUGGAAAAAGAAUCCGUUUUUCCCCUCAAGGUGUUCCAGAAGGAUGGGCCCCUGGUAUAUUUUGACACCUCCAACGAAGAUGAUUGCAACUGGAUGAUGAUGGUGCGACCAGCCACCGAAUAUGAGCAUCAAAACUUAACUGCCUUCCAGCAUGACAAUGAUAUUUACUUCACCACCUCCCGGGACAUCCCACCAGGAACUGAGCUGCGAGUGUGGUAUGCAGCUUUUUACGCCAAAAAAAUGGAAAAGCCAGUGCUGAAGCAGGUCACUAGUAUUGCCAAUGAUAUAUGCUUGGUAGUGAUGGAAUCUGAUAAAGAGGGGAAUAAAAUAUCUUCAAAACCUUCGUCUGCUGUCUUGCCCCAUAAAAAACCAAAGAAAUCCAGCAUACCAGCAGCUGAUCCAGCAGUGAAUGCUCCAGAAGGCAGUGGAGCUGCAGAAGCAGAUUCCAGCCAGUGGACAUGUAAAGUGUGUUCAUCUGCUUUCCAGGAGCCUCAGCUGCUGACAGAGCACUUGCUGAGUCACCUGGAACAAGCUAAAGGUGCCCCCCAAACCAGCCAAAAUGAGGCUGUUGCAGAGAAAGCAGCAGAAGCUCCUCCUGUGGAUCAGCCAGUGAUCUGUGAGGCAGCCAGUGCCAGUACAGACUCAAGGAGAAAGGCCAGGCGGGGAAGAAAGCCCAAAACAGGAAAAGCAGAAACACCUCCUGUUGUUGUUGAAGAGAAGGAUUCUGCAGCAGAACGUGUAGCUGACGUUGUAACUGAAGUCCCACCAGAAGAGGUAGCCCUGCCCUCAGCUGCAGAAGAGAGGAUUAUGGAAUUGGUUUUAGGAAAGAUGCCUAGCACCACAAAUAGCAUCAGUUCAGUGACGAAUAGGUUUGCUCAUCACCAAAACACCAUGUCCCUCAAAAGGAGUUUAAUUCUCUCCAGUAGACACGGUAUACGGCGGAAGCUGAUGAAACAGCUUGGGGAGCACAAGCGAGUCUAUCAAUGCAGUAUCUGCAGCAAGAUCUUCCAGAACAGCAGCAACCUCAGCAGGCACAUCCGUUCUCACGGUGACAAACUAUUUAAAUGUGAGGAAUGUGCAAAGCUGUUCAGCCGUAAAGAGAGCUUGAAGCAGCAUGUUUCAUACAAGCACAGCAGGAACGAGGUUGACAGUGAGUACAGAUACAAGUGCACUACGUGUGAAAAAGCCUUUCGGAUAGAGAGUGCAUUGGAAUUCCAUAACUGCAGGACAGAUGACAAGACAUUCCAGUGUGAGAUGUGUUUCAGAUUCUUUUCUACAAACAGUAACCUUUCAAAACACAAGAAAAAGCAUGGAGAUAAGAAGUUUGCAUGUGAAAUUUGCAAUAAGAUGUUCUACCGGAAGGAUGUCAUGCUAGACCAUCAAAGACGACACUUGGAAGGGGUGAGACGUGUGAAAAGAGAAGACUUUGAGCACAGCACGGAAAACAUGGUUCGCUAUAAGAAGGAGCCUUCGGGAUGCCCCGUGUGCGGGAAGGUAUUUUCAUGUAGGAGCAAUAUGAACAAACACCUUUUAACACAUGGAGACAAGAAAUACACCUGUGAAAUCUGUGGACGUAAAUUUUUCAGGGUGGAUGUAUUGAGAGAUCAUAUUCAUGUCCAUUUUAAGGACAUAGCACUAAUGGAUGAUCACCAGAGGGAAGAGUUCAUUGGUAAAAUUGGAAUCUCCUCAGAGGAAAAUGAUGACAACUCUGAUGAAAGUGCAGAUUCUGAGCCUCACAAGUAUAGCUGCAAAAGGUGCCAGCUGACUUUCGGCAGAGGGAAGGAGUACCUAAAGCACAUCAUGGACGUGCACAAGGAGAAAGGCUACGGCUGUAGCAUUUGUAAUCGGCGUUUUGCCUUGAAGGCAACUUACCAUGCACACAUGGUCAUUCAUCGGGAGAACCUGCCUGAUCCUAAUGUGCAGAAAUAUAUCCAUCCAUGUGAAAUCUGUGGAAGAAUUUUUAACAGUAUAGGAAAUCUGGAAAGACAUAAGCUUAUACAUACAGGUGUAAAAAGUCAUGCUUGUGAGCAAUGUGGCAAAUCAUUUGCUAGAAAAGACAUGUUAAAAGAACAUAUGCGAGUCCAUGAUAAUAUCCGAGAAUACUUGUGUGCAGAAUGUGGCAAAGGAAUGAAGACAAAACAUGCACUUCGUCACCACAUGAAACUUCACAAAGGGAUUAAAGAAUAUGAAUGCAAGGAAUGUCACCGAAAAUUUGCACAGAAGGUCAACAUGCUGAAGCAUUACAAAAGACACACAGGAAUCAAAGACUUCAUGUGUGAGCUCUGUGGCAAGACAUUUAGUGAAAGAAAUACAAUGGAGACUCAUAAGUUGAUUCAUACAGUAGGAAAACAGUGGACAUGUUCAGUCUGUGAUAAGAAGUAUGUCACUGAUUACAUGCUGCAGAAGCACAUCCAGCUCACUCAUGAUAAGGUAGAGGCCCAGAGCUGUCAGCUGUGUGGGACGAAGGUUUCUACAAGAGCAUCCAUGAGUCGACAUAUGAGACGCAAACAUCCAGAG